GCUCGGCCAUGCUCGGCGCGGGCGGCGGCGUCGGGCCGGGCCGGCCACCCGUCGUGUCUAUUAUUCUCCCAGUCCACAAUGCUGAAAAUUGGUUGGAUGAAUGCUUGAAGUCUGUUUUGCAGCAGGACUUUGAAGGUGCUAUGGAGCUCUCCAUUUUUGAUGAUGCCAGUAAGGACAAGUCUAUGACUAUCAUUGAGAAAUGGAAAGUGAAGCUGGAAGAUUCUGGCAUCCCUGUGGUCAUUGGAGGGCAUGUUUCUCCCUCUCCUCGAGGAGUUGGAUAUUCUAAAAAUCAAGCAGUUGCACAGAGCUCAGGGACUUACCUCUGCUUUUUAGAUUCAGAUGAUGUGAUGUUGCCCCAGAGAGUGAGGCUGCAACAUGAAGCUGCCCUCCAGCGCCCAACAAGCAUCAUAGGGUGCCAAGUGCAGAGAGAUCCCCCAAACUCUACUGAGCGAUACACACGUUGGAUCAACCAGUUGGCAUCCGAUCAGCUUCUGACACAGGUAUUCACCUCAAACGGCCCCACAGUGAUCAUGCCCACCUGGUUCUGCUCUCGAACUUGGUUUCUCCACGUGGGACCAUUUGACGAGGGAGGGAAGGGUGUGCCGGAGGACCUGCUGUUCUUCUACGAGCACCUCAGGAAGGGGGGUGGCGUCUUCCGGGUGGACCACAGCCUGCUCCUCUACCGCUACCACCUGUGUGCAGCCACACACUCUGUCCUUGAGACGACCAUCUGGACUCACCGUGUCCACUUCCUGGAGGAGCAGGCCCUACCUCGCUGGGCCUCCUUCACCAUCUGGAAUGCAGGCAAGCAGGGACGCAGGCUGUACCGCAGUCUGACUGCUGCCAACCAGCGCAAGGUGGCUGCCUUCUGUGACGUGGACAAGAACAAGAUCCAGAAGGGCUUCUACUGCUACGAGGAGGCACAGGAAAGGCCCAAGCCUCAGAUCCCCAUCCUGCACUUCCGGGAUGCACGGCCACCCUUUGUCAUCUGUGUGAAGCUGGAUCUCACUGGGGGUGCGUUUGAGGACAACCUGAAGUCACUGCACCUGCAGGAAGGCCGGGACUUCCUCCACUUCAGCUGAGUCAGGCGGCGGCCACCCCAGGCUCCUACCCCCGCGUCAAGAACUUCCCCAGAAGACGCUCUGCUGUGCCACCCGCUGUCUGUCCUGG